AUGGCAGACUCAACUACUUCUAUUCUCUUUCGGAUCCCAUGUGAACUGCGCCUUGAGAUCUACCGACGCGUGUUCUUCAUCUAUCCCCACGCGAGAACCAGAGUCAGUGAGUUCAGGCUCAGUGAAAACCCAGAGACUCCUCCCUGCAAAGCCUUUGAGGUGUACAUCCAUCCAGCCAAGCCCCAUGCCUCUGUCUACAGAGGAGCUCCCAAUCAAUACCGCUCCCAAGAAGACCAGCAUCGUCUCCACGAGUAUCGCUACACGCCCCAGGAAUUCCUGGCCAUCCUCAGCGUCAGCAAAGACGUGUACAAGGAAGCAAUGCCCCUCUUCUACUCGGAGACAUUCUUCUGCUUUCCUAGGAACGGACAUCUGGGCUUGCCCACCGAAUUCCUAUGCAACAUUGGCCCGGAACGAGAGCAGUUUGUCCGUCGGCUGUCGUUCGAGCUCCCACCACUCAACUAUCCUUGUCCCAUCGAGGAGAGACCUACUCUGCAAUUGGUGUCUGUGUUUCUCCGGUUCAUGAAGCAGGUCGAUCUUCUGGAGAUCGUUAUGUUCGUCAGCAAGAUGAGACUUGAGUUUGGGGAUAAGUAUAUCAGCAUGGCUCGUCCUCUUAUUCCGAAUGAGCUUAUUUUUGAUAUUCUUUGGGGAUUCCGUCACCUGUUGGCUCUUCAGAAUCUGAGUACCCUGCGCUUUGUUGGCGAUCCAGAGAGGAUCUUGCACAACCCGGAUGACAGGGCCUUGCUCGAAGGAGUGAGAGGCAAAAAGCUCUUUCGUGGAGACACCGGUCGUCGGCCUCGCGUGCUUUUCGAACAUCCUGCUGGUCUUUACUAG